AUGGAGAAUUUUGGAAAACUACCUGGCAACAGACUUUAUGGAGCAGCUAGGAGUACAAGAGGAUCAGUAUUAGUUCAGUCAUCAAAAACUCUCUCUGAGAUAAAAAUCACACAGUCACCUUACGAUAACAUGGCAUGAACACCUUCCAAGCCUCCUGUGUCAGACGAAGUUAAGGCUUUGUUCGAGCAGGUGCAAGACAUCAUUACUAAUAAAGAAUCUACAAUUUUUAGUCAGUUAGAAAAUAAUUUCGAUAAAAUAACUUCUGAAAAGGAGAAUAAACCUGUCUAUAAAUUUGACAGAAACAAAGAGCUCGACUCCUUAAUCGAUGAAAUUUCUAACCUCAAGACUACCAAUGAGAUGAUAUCUUUGAAGCAGAAUCAUGACCAGGUGAAGUCAGCCCAGUCCAAGAAAUCAUGCAUUCCUGUGCUGAAGAAGUGAAAUUUCUCAACGAAGCAGCAGGAUUCUUCAAACUAUGGGUAUUCUCCUCACAUCCAGAAGAAUACUAAGGUGAAGAAGAAAUUGUCAAACGGUAAUUUUACUGGGAAGAAUUAUGCCAAAACACCUUCAAGAAUUCCUUCUAUGAGAUCUGCCAAGAGCUCUCAGAAGGGUUCCCUAAAGGGCUCAAAGAAGGUCCUCAGAUCUAUUGAGAAUAAGUUUGUAGGUCAUCAGACCAACGUGAAGAGGCAAUUGAAAGCAAAGCCUGUAGGGAAAAGCUUCUCAAAGCCAAGCGAGAAAUCAAUUAAAUGCUUCAAAAUUGACACUCAAAAUUUGGAUUGUUUGAAAAAUGAGGAUCCUCCAACCCCUCGGCCUAUCUUGAAGGAAGUGAACCAAACAGAGAGACCAGAGAGGGAAAUCUGUGAGAAUUCUAAAUUUAAAGAAAUCAAAACUCCAAGCUGCACUGUAGUUAAGAAGGAAAAUGUUAAGGUUUCUACCCAAAGAGACUCGCUUAAAGCCAAAUUUAACUUUAAGAAUAAGGAGACCUAUGAGAAGUUAACCGACAAUAGGAGUUCUUCCAGUUAUCUUCUGGAAAAAUAGAGAUUUAAGGAAGAAAGAGAAGGAAAAGCAGAAAUCUGAAUGCAGAAAUACUCCUUCUAAUAUAUCAGCUCUGUCACAGAGUAUAUCUGAGUUACAGAAGAACAUUUCCUUUAAUGUGGAAAAUGCCUAUAGACGGUCUGAGUUACAAAGUACUUCGUUGUACAAGGUCCAAAAGCCUGUGAAUGGCAUUAUUAAUUAUUCCCAGCAGAGAAGUAUGCUGUCUACGUUUAAUCAGACUAUGAAGAGUCGUUGAGAAGGUCCCAACAGUAGUAUGAAGAUUAUUGAUUAUCAAGAUUCAACUUUGUAA